CGCCGCUAAAUCGGGCUGCCUGGACGCCGCGCGCGGCCACAGACAGCAGAUCAGAUACUACAACAACUCGACGCCAUCGACGCGGAGCGCCACAGCUGCCCGGACGCCGGACACUGCUACAGAGCAGAGUGGUCCUGGACAGCGCGACGCCAUGGCGGACGCCAUGGCCAUGCAGCAACAGGAGGAGACCAUGAGCCGCACGAUGUCACCGCGCACGGAGCUGCCCGGCUUCCAGACCAUCGCCGAGAUGCAGACCACGCAGCGGACGAGCAUCGGCCUUUGUGAAGACACCCCAGUCUACAUCAACCCCGCCGCGGAGACGCUGCAGCGGACCAUGCCCUGGGGCGAGGAGGUUACGGAUCGCUGGUCCCAGGAGUUACCGGUGCUGACGACGGCGAUUGAGAUCGCGGCACCCGGCGCGUAUCGACUGGAAAAAGACGAGACGGGGAGAGUCGUGUACUCCCCAGUGAAGGCGAGGAAGGCCCCCAUCGCCGAGGCCAAAGCCACGAAACGAGCGGCCCCGAUCCAGCAACAUAUCGAAGGCCUGAACGAAGAGAUGACCAGUCUCGAAGCCUCUACGCGUAUCAGAAACGAGGAACUGCACCGCCAUCUAGAUGCUAUUCGCCAGCGCGGCGCGAACUGGGAGGCGAAGCUCAAGCUCGAAGUCCAAGCGAGAGACGAGGCCUCGAAGAUGCUCCGAAGUCAUUUUGAUACGAUUCUCGAAGAAGCCACCACAGAGGAAGAAUCAAACUUAAUGAAAAUGAUAGAAAGGUUCCACGGAGAGUUGAUCCCGGCGCAAGAAACUAGACAAGCUAAACUGGAAGAUGAUGUGACGGAGUGGGUCGACAUCACGAUACCUGAAACUAUUGAUAGAUUGACCGGCGCGAUCGCUCGCAAACUCCAGAAGGCGCAUGAUACUUUUGAUAUCGAAAAUGCAAAGAUCUUGAAACGAGAACAGAAGAUUACAGAUAGGUUUGCUCACCACAUCCAGCGGUCGGCCCAGCUCUUCGAGGACGAGCGGGCCACGCGCGUGGCGAAGUUCCUGACGCUGGACGAGGACUGUAGAGAUACGGAGCGGCACGACGACCGGGCCGAGGAGCGCCACAUCGCCGCUAUUCAUCACUCCAUCGUCGACGUCCAGAAGCUGCUGCAGGAGGCCUCUGAUUCUAGAGAGCGCGAGGACAACACCCUGCUGGACUCGAUGAUCUACGCCCAGUCCCAGCUGCAAGCAUCCGUAUUGAAGGCGUUCGGUUCACAAGCGGCUGCGGAAGAGUAACACUGUGUUAAAACU